AUGAUCAAUCUAGAAGAACUCGAUUUACAUCUUGUUGUGUAUUGUGAGAAAAGAUUUAUUGAUGGUUAUGAUUUGAAAUACAAUAUUAUUAAUAAUUUAUUACAAUUAAAUAAAUUUGUAUUUAACAUACGAUCAUGUCUGCCUCUAAAUGAUCAAGUUUAUUUAUCAUCAAAUGAAGAUUGUCAACUUUCAUUCAAUGGUUUUAAAAAUAAGAAAAUUAUUUCAUGUAUUGAUUAUUUCCCAGAUCGUAAAAAAGGUUAA